GCCACUCCUCUCACUUUCUUGCGUUCUUCUCCACCCCAUCCUAAACCCUCCUGGCCUCCUCUCCAAUUCGCCAAAUCUCCAACCCCGCGACGCCGGGAUCUGCAGAUCUCUCUUCUCUCCCUCCAGUUCCUCACCUCUUUCUUGAGCCGGGAUGGGCUCAGAGUCGUUCAAGGAGCUCACGGAGCUGGAUCAGCAGCUGCACAAGGAGGUGUUCUACGGCGGAAUCGAGCGCAUUCGGGCCCUCCGGGCGCAGGGCGCGGACCUCGAGGUAAUUAAUCCACUCUAAAAAGUUACUGCAUUUACUAACUUUCGACUGCUGCUUGAUCGAAAUCAGUCGACCGACAUGCUCGGGAUGACCCCCCCUGAUGAAGGCCAUCUUGCGGCCUCGAUUGCUCGGAGCGGCCAAGGUUCUGCUUCAGUUGGGAGCAAACGUGAAUGCGUACCUGCACGUAUCACCUGGAGGAACUGCAUUGCACCAUGCUGUCGACCGUAAUCAUGAAAAGGUUGUCAAUCUGCUUCUCUCACAUGGAGCUGAUCCUUGUACACAAUGAUGACGGCAAUACUCCACUUGAAAUGGCGAGACAAAUGGCCAUGUGAAUCUCGUACGGGCCAUAGAUGGACGGGUUUCUCUUUUUCAAGGAUGGAUGAGGGAGAAGUAUGCUCCUUGUUAUUUCAUGAAAAGAAUGAUUUGGGCAGUGGUUUUACCCUAUGAACUGCAGAAUCCUACCAGGCCCAGGCCCCUCAAGUUACUGUUAGCUAUAUACCUUGUAUCACAGAACAUGCCGGCUUGUAAAUCACGCGCUGUAAUUGAACUAUGGCAAUCUCAAAUUGAGAAAAAUCUUGAUGAGGAAGACCCUUGCAUAACCAUUUUUGACAAAGAAACAGAAUAUCGAUACGAGAUUUUAUCAGCUGAUGAAGGUGACAAAGAGAAACUUCAACAGUUUUAUGAUGCAUGUGACGGCAUAACACAGGCUGUCAAGACGGAUCCAACUCCGAUACUAGAUUCAUCACCUACAAGUUCAUCUUUGGCACCUUCAGAACUGUUAGCACCCAGCGUGGAUGAUGUCGAGUUAGCAAUGGCCAUCAACGCUUCCAUUCAAUCAGUUAUAGCAGAGGGAGUGCCCAAUGUUCAGCCAACCGCGUCAACUGCCAACAUGAAUGACAGGGGGACCCUGCUAGCAACUCUAUGGAAGAUGGCACCCACCAGAUGCACCUGGACCUUCGUUAAUAAGCAGACAAGCUCAGGUUGAUACCCCAAGCAGCAGUACAUACAACAGAAGAAGGGGCGUUCCUGGAACAGGUUGUAACCAAUGUUCAUCGCGCCCAGACUUAGAACUCUGCCAAAGCUGGAGAAUGCGUUGCUAACGCGAGCAGCAGGGGUAAUGGUAACACUCCCUCACGCACAUGUGUCAUAUGUUUGGAUGCCCCUGUAGAAGGGGCGUGUGUGCCCUGCGGUCACAUGGCAUUCUGCAUGUAAAACUCAGAGGUGCGGAAGCACUUGAUGGGAACGCCAUGACCUUUGGCUCAACCGGCGGUGCGUGUUUAUAUAGAUGAGACAAAAUCCUCUCA